AAUUUCGGUCGAGGUGUUUCGAUUAUUCCCGCGCUGGAAGUUGAAGAUGAAUAUCCUCAGCAAAUCUUAUCCGAGGGUACAAAUGCUGAAGGAUUGGCUGCACGAUAACAUUGAUGAUGACCUUUUGAAAUAUAAUACUAUGGACACCGAUUCUCACCAAAGUUUCAAGCAGUUGCUAUGUUCUGUAUAUGUGUGUGACAAUACUGAGAAAUAUCCGAUGUCUGCCUCGCCAACAUCUUGUUAUGAGCAGAGAGAACUGGUUUUAACAGCUAUUGAGAGAGCUUUGUGCAAGAGUGGACCUUGUAAGAAUCUCCUCUCAUAUGGAUUUUGUUUGAUGUCUCCAGACCCAUUUUCACAUAGAUGUGGUGUCAAUGUUGAGAACAGAUAUCCUAACUCCUGCGUUAAUAAGCUGUUCUACCCUGCAUGGGAAAUUUUACUGUCAAAAAUAGGUGAUACAGUCAUGACAUACUUGUUGGAACAUACAUCACUCUACUUAUAUAUAGAUACAGAUUGUUUUGUCCAAUUAACAGGAUUACCUUUAUUUGACCUUCUUAAACAUGACAAGAAUGAGAAGAAAAAAAUUUGUGAUAAAGUUUUUAAAGAAGUCGAUAUACCUCGUACAAGAAAAACUAAAGUUGAUGGAAAUUUAAGAAGUAAUAAAAUCGAUUCACCUAAUGUCAUAGAGACGGAACAAAAUGAAACGCAGAUUGACCUUCACACUGAUCAUACAAGUUUUGAUAAGAUAACAGAGGUCACCAAUAAGGCUGAAGAUAUUUUAAACAGUACUCAUAUUGGAGGUUUAAGAAAUAAACCAGAAAGUGAAACAGAACAUAUAGUUUCCAAUAAAACUGAGAGAGGGGCAAAUAAAAAUCUGUUAAUUUAUCGUUCAACAAUUAGUAGAUCUACUGAAGAUACAUGUAAAUUUAAAAGAAAAAAGAAAAGAAAAUAUGAAGAAAUUAGUGAACAAAGAUUUCUAGAUUUGAAAAGAGACAGUGAACUUUAUAAAGUAAGAAACAAUCAAGCUAUAGAUUGUCAUUCUGCAGGCAGUUUUGAUAACCUAGCAAAUCUGGACUGUGGUAGUAAAGGUGCCUUUACUGGCAACAUUAUUGAUAGAAUGGCAAGAAACUCAAGAAAAAGAAAAUUUAGUGAAAUAUAUUCUGAAACUGAAACCGAAAAUAGUGUAGAUAAUAAAAGUAAACGUUUGUGUUUAGAUAAUGGAAAUCACACAUUGAAUGUAGAUAUUGCGGGAAAUAUUGAAAAUUGCAUUGUAGAGACCACGGAAGAAUUUAACACUGCAAGAAAGCUACCAAACACCAGUAUAAAUGUGAAAGAUAGAAGUUGCAACCUUUUGUCAAAGAUUAAACACAGAAGAAGAAGAAAGGAAAAGAAAAAUUUGAAAAGUUCACAGGACAAAAAUCUUGGCUGCUCAUUUUGUCCUUUCGAGUUCCACUUACCUCUAGCGAGGAACAGUGCUCUAUUUAGCAGAAAUCCCAGGGAAAAACUGUCAAAAUCUGUAUUAUUAUCAAGACUUGACUCAACUUCUGAAGAUGCCAUGUUACUUUGUAAGGAAAUAUUCUGCGACACAAAGGUUCUCACGAAAAAUGAACCUCAAGUUAUUUUUCCAGAUCUUAGAGAAAUGGAAAGUGAAAACUCUGAGAAAUGUAAAGAGCCAUCGCAUCCUACAGAAAGCGGCUUGAAAAACAGUUCACAUAAGAAAGGAAUGCCAGAUUAUAGUAAUGUUGUCCCUUGUGUACCAUGUGACAAAGAGCUCAUGAUCAGGUUAGAACAUGUUGAGAAUUGUCAAUGUUGUAAUCUAUGUAAAAAUCAAAAGCAUACUAAACAAUCUUUCAAUGAAAAAACUGUUAAAAACUGUUCUUGUAUUUCUAGAACUGAACUUUCUCAUAUUUGUGAACCAGGUUAUGAAAACACACAGAAUAAGGGUUUACUUAAUGAAAAAAUAAAAGAGAAAUUCAGUAAUGAUAAAAGUAUGAAUGUUUCGCUUCUGAAAAGAAGAAAAUAUGAGAUUUUGAGUAGUAGAGACCCUAAAUGUUCUAUCGUUAGUGAAUGGAAGACUUUAGAACAAAACGAAGGCACUUGCAACUUUGACCAUUGUAAUGAGGGCGUUAUAGUGGAAUCUGAUAUAACUUCACAGUACAAUAGUUCCAUGGCAAAAAGCAUGAGAAAGUCUGCCUUACCUAAAGCAGGCAAUUGUGAACGAUGUCGUAUAGAAAGAAUGGCAACAGAAGAACAGAUUCAGAGAAGUAAUAUAGAUGGUGGAACACUAUACAGGACGACUAAUGACACAUGCAUUAACAGUUCUCUCAAUAUACAUAGCUGUGUGUUACUUUGUGGACAAGAUUCAUGUACAGUUCUACAAGAAAAGAAUGCACAAGACCAUGAUCGAUGUAGCAGGGAAGCUGAAUUAAAGCCUGGGAGCAACGAUAUGGUAUCACAUAACACUAGGACAGUUGACAUUUCCAUUGUUUCUGCUGUUGCACCUUCCUUAAAACAGUUUAUUGAAAAUCACAGGAACUGCCCUUACCGAGCUUUGUUAAAUCAUCAUUGUCCAGCUGAUGUAUACAAAACAAACCAGUCAUGCUCUAAUCCUAGGAUCAGGAAUGGUAAUGUCUAGUUAUAAUUGUAUAUCAUUACUGAAUAAACUUU